GUUUUCCAAUUUCCAUAAUCGUUGUAAGUCGGACUUCACUUAAGCUUCACGCCUACUUGCGUGAACGACCAGAAAGAGGCCGACGGAAGCUUCUCUCCUUCAUCAGCUUCCGGCGAGAGAGAAAGAGGCGGCGGAGUAGAAAAAUGCCGUUCAUAUCGCAGAUACAGAGACAGUCCGAUUACGCCUACUUCCCUUCCGACACCCCUAUCGUCAUCGACAACGGCGCUUCCUAUUUCCGCAUCGGGUGGGCGGGAGAGAACGACCCUCGGGUUAUUUUCCGCAACAUUGUCCAGAGGCCUCGCCAUAAGGGCACUGGUGAAACAGUCACUAUUGUGGGUGACCAUGAUCCUGCGUUAUUAAGAUACUUCGAUUGCACUCGCUCCGGGCCUCGUUCUGCUUUUGACAACAAUGUCGUUUACCAGUUUGAGAUAAUGGAAUAUAUUCUGGACUUUGGGUUUGAUCGGCUCGGAGCAAAUGGAUCACAGAACAGAUUGAUCAUCCUGUCCUGAUCACUGAAUGUGUCUGCAAUCCAGUGCAUUCCCGCAGUAAAAUGUCAGAACUUUUGUUCGAGACAUAUGGAGUUCCAUCAGUUGCUUUCGGAGUUGAUGCUGCAUUCAGCUACAAGUAUAAUCAGCGUCACGGGAUUUGCAAUGAGGAUGGGCUUGCUAUAUGCCCAGGAUUCAACACAACCCAUGUUAUUCCGUUCGUUGCCGGAGAGCCUGUUUAUAAAGGAUGCACUCGGACAAACAUUGGUGGUUAUCAUGUCACUGACUACAUGAAGCAACUUCUUUCACUCAAGUACCCUCACCACAUGGCUCGAUUUACAUGGGAAAAGGUUGAAGACCUAAAAAUGGAGCACUGUUAUAUUGCACCAACCUAUGCUUCUGAAACUCAGUUAUUUCAGAAAGGGACCGAGGAAGCUGAAGAUAAAACUAGGGUUUGGCAGCUUCCAUGGGUUCCACCACCAGUUGAGGAAGCCCCGUCAGAGGAAGAGAUAGCCAGAAAGGCUGCUUUAAGGGAAAGGCAAGGUCAAAGGUUGAGAGACAUGGCUGAAGCAAAGAGGUCAUCACGGAUAAAUGAAUUAGAGAACGAGUUGCGUGGGCUGGAAUUUCUUCUGCUGCAACUUGAGCAGGUACAAGCUCAUGAAAUCCCCAAUUUCCUUAGGGAGACUGGAUAUCAUUCCAGGCAAGAAAUAGAGGCUUCUGCGCACAAGGUGACACUGUCCCUAAGGAAAGCUAAAGGAGAGCCAAAAGCCGACCAGUCUGAAGCCGAAGACAAGACUGAUUCUUCAAGUGAAAAGUACCCUUUAAUAAGCAUCCCUGACGAAAUGCUGACCCCUGAGCAGAUCAAGGAAAAGAGAAAACAGAUAUUCCUUAAGACUACAUCUGAUGGCCGACAAAGAGCAAAGCAGAAACGUCUUGAAGAAGAAUCAGAACGAGAAAGAAGAAAUCAGCUAGAUGAAGAAAGACGCUUGGAGAACCCGGAGCUUUAUUUAGAGCAGACACGCGCUAGGUACAAGGAACUCUCCGAGAGAGUUGAGCAGCGAAAACGAUUAAAAACUAACGGGAACCAAACUAACGGAAAUUCUGGUGGUGUUGGCCGAGGUGAGAGAUUGAGUGCUGCUCAAAGGGAAAGAAUGCGGCUUCUGACAACAGCAGCAUUUGAUCGAGGGAAGGGUGAAGAUACAUUUGGUGCUAGAGAUGAGGAUUGGCAGUUGUACAAGUUGAUGAGCAAAGACAAUGAUGACGAUGAUGAUGGACCAGAACCUGAUGAAGUAGAGCUGGCACGCAUUUCUUCCCGACUUCAGGAAAUAGACCGAACAUUUGUGCCUAAAUCAGAAGCAGAAACCUCCCAACCAGGUUCUGAGGUGCUUAAGUCUCGACCACUAACCCAGGAAGACUUCAAGAUUGUGCUUGGGAUAGAAAGGUUCCGAUGCCCUGAGGUCCUAUUUAAUCCGAACCUAGUAGGGAUUGGUCAGGCAGGGGUGGAUGAGAUGGCUGGGGUGUCUAUAAGGAGGUUACCGGAAAAGGAUGAGGAGUUGGAGAAGAGACUGACCAGCUCCAUCCUUAUGACCGGAGGAAGCUGCCUAUAUCCUGGUAUGUGUGAGCGCUUGGAAGCUGGGAUUCGGAUGAUUCGACCAUGUGGGGCCCCGAUUAAGAUAGUGAGAGCAUUGGAUCCAGUUCUUGAUGCCUGGCGAGGAGCUUCUGCAUAUGCUGCAUCUGCACAGUUCCCGCAGCAGACGUUUACUAGGAUGGACUAUUUUGAAAAGGGCGAAGACUGGAUUCGCGGCUACAAAUUUAGGUACACUUUGUAGUAACGUAUUGAAGCAUUACUGUUUUUAGCAUGUAUCUGACUGUAGUAACAGAACCCCAUCUAUAUAGUAUUUGAAGAGGCGUUAAUGGCCUUAGUUCCAGUUCUAUGGUAUUUCACAUUGAUCACUCCACUGUUUUUCUUUUCAUUGUCGACCAGAAGUAUGUAAAUGCCAAAAUGGAUGGUGCUCAUUAACUUGGAUUGAUUAUGUAGGCACAAGUAACCGACUUUACAAUUACCAAAGAAGGGGGAAAUGAACAAGAAAAGGCAAUACAACUGUUUCAAAUUUCAAGCAAAUAUUCUAGUCAUCUUUACUGAGUGGCAAAUAUAAACAUGGUGGUAGGUAUGUGCACAACUCCUUCAUGUACAGGUGGAGGCAAGGUGAAUAGUUGAAGAUUGAUUGAUAAUCUCAUCAUCUAAUGUGCGUUCGUCCCAGCGACCAAAGCCCUGUAUCUUUAACUGGCGCCUGUGCCUUCAUGGAUGGGAAGACAUUCCAGAACCGCAGAGUUUCAUCUCCUGCUCCAGUUACUAU